AUGGCACCCAAUCCUCAUUUCAGCACAUUAAUCCAACCACCACCAGGGCCGGUAAAACUGGACCUCCCCACUAUCUCCAACAACAACCCCACCACCUUCAACGAUGCAAUGAAAAUCCGCAUGCACGUCUUCGUAGACGAACAGAAAUGUUCCGCAGAAGCCGAGAUCGACAGCGACGACACGCGGAGCUGGCAUUGGGUCAUCUACGACGGGGCCACACCAGUGGGGGUCAUUCGACUGGUUCCCCCACCGCAGCUACCACAUUCCCAAGUCACCAACCCAGAGACAGCAGAGACCGCACAGCCAGGAGAAGUGGUGUAUGACUGGGCACACGAACCCUGUAUCAAACUGACUCGGGUGGCGAUCAUGCCCGAGUACCGCGGCCUCGGACUUGGGCGGCGAUUAGUGGAGACGGCGUUGGAGUGGGCGGCUGUGCAUGCAGCGGAGAUAGACGAGGCUGCAGCAGCAUUCAAGGCGGAGCGGGAGAGUGCUCCGCUGUGGAAAGGUCUCGUGCUUGUCCAUGCGCAGGUCGAUGUGGAGCGGAUGUACGCCAGACUGGGGUUUGAGACCGAAGAGGCGUUGGGGACAUGGUAUGAGGAGGGUAUCGAGCAUCGUGGGAUGUUUCAUCGAUUAUCUUUACAAUGA